AGUGCUACUGAGGAACGUGCAGGAUGUAUUGUGUGUAUUAAGUAGGAUUAUGACGGAACAUGUUGUGGUUAUUCCUUCGUUGUCGAAGAAGACCUUGAAUGAUACUUUGGUCAGUGAAGCAUGACUAUUUUACUGCUUAAGGAACUUGUUGCAUAUAUUCCGCUGGCUUCACCUUCUGUUGUUUUGUUAUUCUGAUGAUAGUCAUCCUUUUCCAUUAAACAGAUGCUAUGCAGAAUGACACUGUGUAGUUGGAAUCUUCUUUCUCUUAUUGUACUGCUCCUGUACGUAAUAAUGAAUGCCUAUUGUUACUCCUGCGAAGAAGGAAGACAACAGUUUUCAACUUGUAAUUGUCAAGAUAACUCAACCAAGUGUGUAACAGAGGUAGAGUAUCGGGAAACUGUGCAACUUAGCUGCUGCUUAAAUGCAUCCAUGGGAAUAUCCUGGUACAAAGAAAGUACUUCAAAUGACAGCAAAAUUGGCUAUGAUAACAAAAGCAACACGAAAUACACUAUAAAUGCCACACAAAUUGAUAAAUAUGACAUCAAUUUCAGCAAACAUACAUUCAAAUUUAGUGAUGGUGGAAAAACAUUCAAGAUGUCAGAGGCACGCUUAUCAUUUGCUGGAACUUAUAUAUGCGUUAGUGGAGGGCAAGAAUUUGUUCAAUAUGUUGAAGUACAUAAAGAUUACAGUAAAUAUGAUGCAAAAUUGUAUUCUUCUUUGGACACAAAAUGUCCAUCUGAAGUUGGAGCACAUCUUUCAGAAGAGAAAACACUAUGCUGCAAAUUUCAAAUCAAUGCACGAGUGGACAACAUAAGUAUUAAAUGGUUUUUUGAAAAUGCGACGGAACCAUUGAAGACUGAAAACAAUUAUAUUAUUAACUCUGAGUGUAACGAAAGCAUACUUGAAGAUGAUAGCACAGUGUCUACGGUUGUGAAAACAUUUUUAAAGUUGAGUCGUGUAACACCUGCAUCCUAUGGUAAUUACAAAGCUGUAGUUAACGCGAUACCAUAUAAGAAGGACACAGAAAUGACUAGUACAUGUGUUUUAAUGUUGUAUGAAAGCAUCAAUGACUCUGAAGACAAAGAAGGAACUUUUUAUUGUGUACCUUUAAUUGUGAUUGCAUUAUUAAUCUUGGUGGUGGUGUUUAUAUGCAUGUGGAUGGGGUGUAUGUACUAUAGGUACAAGAUAUCAAUAGCCUUACUUUGGUCUCACUACUGUCUAACUUUGAAAGAUGAUCCAGAAAACAAUCAAUUUGAUGCUUUUAUUGCACACAGUAACUCAACAAAUGAUUGCAAUUUCGUUUACAAGUGGCUUCUGCCUUUUUUGAAAAGCCAUAACUUUUCCCCCUGCAUUCGAGAAAUAAAUUUUCACCCUGGUGGAGAUUGUUUUAAUGACAGCACUGCUGCCGUGGAAGCAAGUCAACGGACUAUUCUCAUUUUGUCUCCAGAAUUUCUUAAGAAUUCUCAAUGUCUACAUGAACUAGAAGUUGCUCUCUACAAUAUGAUAAAAAAAAGAAAAAGUCACAAGAUUAUUCCGAUCAUCUUACAAUACAUGGAAAAUAGCGAAGUGAAGAAGUUUAAACAAUUAGAACGGGUUCUGGUUUUUGUGAAAAAGUUGCGCUGGGUUGAGGAGGAACCAGAGAGAUUCCACAAAAAGCUUCUAGAACUUAUGCCCAAAGAAAGAACAGUGAUUAGUAAUGGACAUGGUAGGUUCUUACAAGAUAAUCCAACAUUUACACCAGAGGACACAAACCAUGUAUGACAUCUUGAACAAAUAAUGUACACCUUGAUUCAUCGCAACUUUAGCUUUGCUGAAAAUACCUUUGCUGAUUUCUGCAAGAUUCCUCCAUGGGCAGACAUGCGACAAAUCCUACUUCACUCUGUGUGAGCGCUAGACACCGGCACCCUUCUGUUGAUUGUUGCAGGUAGUCUGACCGGAUUCAUUUGUGCAUGCGUCGUGGUAUUGCGUUCUCCAUAGUGAGUGCACAGCUUAUAUUGAAUAUCUGAGCUAAAAAAAAAAAUUGGAAAAUUUAAUUCCAUUUUUUAAUUGUUUAAUUUAUUAAGAUAUUAAAUUAUUUGUUGUGCUAGUAUACUCUGUUAAUAGAGGUUAUGCACAGUACAGGAUGAUGGUGAUAAUGAUGAUGAUGACAGUGCCGCUAUGGGAAUCAUGGCAAUUCGUAAUGUGUACAAGUUCUGAAAAAAAAAAAAUUACAAAA